GCAUAAAGAUGUAAUAGGUUUAUUGCAGUUUUGUGAAGAAGAACAAAGUACAGAGACAAAUGAUGUGUGGCAAGAGAACUUCAACAUUGACAGUGAAAGUGCAACUAAACAGGAACUCGAUGACUCAGAGAUUUUUACAGACGACUACUUCCCUUUCGCCAACAGGCUAGAGCUACUGCUCUACGUGUUACGUGGAUCAAAAUAUCACUGUAUAGAUCAAGAACUUUUUAAGUUUAUUUUACACAUAAUCAGAGUAGUAGUUGAAGACAAUAUAAAGAGUAUUCCUCCAUUCCAUAAGAUAUGGAAUCUUGACAUUGAAGGAUUAGAACUUAAACCAUCAGUGUCUUCUAAUAAAGAUACCGACAAAGACAUCUUUUAUAUAAAGCCAUCUAGUAUAAUUGAAAUGCAGCUUUCAAAGAAAAACACAGCAAUACAGUUACAAAGAUUUCCCAGACAAAGCAACUUUUUUGAAGGUCAAAGUAGUGGAAGCAAGUGGAAGACUGAAAUAAAGUCUUUGAUGGCAAAAAAUUCAUCUUCAGAAAGAAUAUAUAUUGGUGACAACGUUCAGAAUGGCACAAAUGGAGAGUGUGGGACUGUUGUUCAGUUUUUUUCCCAGGAAUUUGAAAAUACACAUCAAGUAUAUGCAUCUGUAAAGUGUGAAAGUACAAGAAAUAUAUCUGUGAUAGCAAAUGAUCUGUUGAAGUUGGACCAGACAAAUGUGUAUGAGGGUGAUGAUGUUGAAAGAGUACAAAAUCUGAUUGAGAUGUCAAAAAAGCUAGACAUGGACAUAUACACAGUUCCUAUAAAUAUAUUUGUAGAUGACACAAGUGGUAACAGGUCAAAAAAAUGGAACCCAUUAAGUGUGUGGACUCUUCAGUUGGCAGGAUUACCAACUUCUGAAAAGAUGAAGAAAUCAUCACAUCAUUUCAUUGGAGUAACAAAACCAGAAGACGGGUCAUUCAUUACACCUGUGGUGAAUGAUUUGAAUGACAUGUUUUAUGAAGGAAAAGUAAUGUAUGAUGCAGCUUACAAUAAAAAUGUUAUUGUAACAUCCCAAAUAGCAGUUGGGUUAAUGGACAACAGUAUGGCCUCAGAAUUUUGUCACCACAUGGGUGCUGCAUCUAAAGAAAACUGUAGAUUUUGCAGGUAUCGAAAUAACCACUUACUUAUUGGAGAAUUAAGAACAAAAAAUAAAACUGAGGAAAUUCUAAAAGAGAUUGAAAAUAGUACAGAAACAUCAACAAUGACUGGGAUAAAAAAGAAAAUAUUGGCUGAAGAAAUGAACAAAGCUGCUCAUUGGGAUCCACACAGGGACAUUCCUCCAGAUAUGCUUCAUUGCAUAUACUUAGGAGAAGUUGCAAUCCUAUUAAAAUGUAUGCUAGGCAACUGUACUGACCAGCAGAAGGAAAAUUUACAGCUAACGUUAAAUGCAGCUGACUGGAAGGGCUUUCAUCACAAAUGUGGAGAAAACUUUGUGAAAUAUCACAAAUCAAGCCAAGGGAAAGACUUCAGGUCAUUUGUACAACUUGCACCCUUUACAGUUCAUCACGCAGGAUUUAGUAAAGAAAUAGUAAAACUUUGGUGUCUAUUGUCUGAGAUUGUUCAGUUGAGUAACAAAAUGAAAUUGCUGGAAUCGGAACUCACUAGGCUGGGUGAUCUGCAGUACCAAUUUAAUGAAAACAUUUACAAGCAGUUUCCAGAAACAUUGAAAAAACAGAAAAUACACCAUAAUCUUCAUACUGAGCAACAAAUCAGACUUCAUGGGGUCCCUAUAGGUUAUACUACUGAGACAGGGGAAAGCUGGUGUGGUAUAGUCAAACAUUUUCAGAGCAUUACAAACCACCACAAUGCCAACAAAGACACAGCUUUGAAGUUAGCUCAUGUUGAGGAAGUUUGCCAUAUCAUUGACAGUGGGACAUGGUUUUCAAAUGGGAAAAGAGUUCAACCUGCACAACAGACAAUUGAAGAGAUAAAUCAUCCACGGAUUCAAACUUUUGUAAUGGGAAAUAGGACACAGAAAGAAGAUGGUAGGAUUUUAGUUUUGGAUACAAUAAUUUUUUUUUAA